UGGUUGGAAAGUGAGAAAAUCUAAACGUGACGUCAAUGCCUAGUAACUGACGCAGCCCUUCAACAUAAAAUGGCUUUUUAUUUAUUUACCCCCACCUCCCCGUCAGCACAGCUUAAUUACUCUAUUUUACUGCGCUCUUUCGACUAAAACAUGAAAGAAAUGCCCUCCUGGAGCGCCGGGAUUGCCUUCUCUGGACAUAUUUUGGAGUUCAUGAGUUUCAGAUGUUGAAACACUGGGACCAGAAGCUUCUGAAGAGGGCGGCAAGACACCGUGUUGCUGCUGAUCCAAAGGUUUUAGUUGUUGGGGAGGAAAGUGUUUAAAGGAGGACGCACAGCUGCAGGAUUAAAAAAAGAUGUCUGCAUUGGUGCAACGGAUAGGAACCGAGGCUCCUGGGCAGAGUUGGAGAGGCAACAUUGAUUUACAUUUCAUGCAUUUCACGUAACAACCCUAAGCUGUUCCUUCGUGAGUGUCUGAGACCUAAAAAUAGCAUAGUUUUGAUCGCGCACCAGAAAUAGACAGACGGGGUUCACUUGUAUGAAAAGGAGGCGAUCCAACUUGGACGUGCAACUAACGAGAGUGCGCCUGAGCUAUGGUGAGUGAGUGAUUUGCACACGAAAUGUUUAAUCCUGUGUACUUUUUGCAUGCUUCCCGGUGCCCAUUCUCCCUCGUUUUACCUCCUGCUCUGUCUCAUGCGCGCACUCACUUCACUCCCAGUCGUGAGCAUGGAUUUAAUUGGCACGCUUUGACUGUAGAGUCGUAGCAGCCCUUCCUGCAGAGUAGGAAGUCCCUUUUAGUAAAUAAGCUAGUGCAAAAAUGUCUUUGUUUGUUGGCGCCGUUGAGUCUCCAUCACGUUUCUUCUCCCUUCCCAUCUAAGCGAGGGGAACCCUUUUCCGCUGAAUGUUAUAGGACGCAUUUCCCCACCGUUAUCUUGCUGUGAAAGAAGAGUGAUAGAGAAAAGCAAUGAACGAGGAUGAAGAUGCGAAGAGGAAGAGGAGAAGCGGUUGUUGCAGUAGAACCAAAUAUAGCGCACUGCACGGGGAAGCCCGGAGCUUUCCAGCAACAAUGGUGCUGAAACCACACCAAGCGGCAGCAGAGGGCUGUAGUCUCCAGAACGUGCGCGCGCGUGUGUGCGUGCGUGCACUUGCAGACUGUGGUCAGUUGUUGUAUCUGGAAACCAGAAGAUUUAUUUACCCCUUAAUUUAAUUAAGUAGCCUCACCAUACUGAGGGAUUUUUUCCUGAUUAGACGACGCCUACGUGAAUUAUUUCCAAAAAAUAUUAGAUCUCCACACCAGUCCAACCUUGGCAUGAUGUAACAGCUAUCAGAAUAUUGCUGGGGACACGUUUGCAAUAUUGUUAUGAAGACUUUUCUUUCUGUGGAGCGCGCACACGAAACCAAAGACGUUGCGUUCAAGAGUUUGGAGGAAUCACCUUUUUAAUUAUAAGCGGGGAGCGGAUGAAGGGGCUUGGGCAUCUGCUGCACAGCUCUGCAGUCAGUUCCCUUUCUGCGACCCCAACCAGUGAACAACUUUGGAAAUAUGUUCCAACUAUUUUGCAAGCAAGCAGCAAGUCUUCAGAGCCAAAGGAGGAUUAAAAACAUCAACGGCCUGUCUUUGUCAUGCAAAAUCUCCUCCGUACGUCACUUGCGAUACAAUGCUCCACCUAUACACAGGCGCGCGCGCGCGCGCGCACACACACACACACACUUCCAUUCUUCGUUACUCAAAAUGUGCGGAGAUCGAUUCGAGGGACAUCAUUUAUGCUCAGUAAUGUAACGAAAAGCAUGUCAUUUCGGAGGAAAAAGCCCGGAUUCCCGAGUCGUGACUACUAAAGUGAGUCAUGUGCGCGUUGGCUGCGUCAGGAGAGGCAGUCGCUGUGCAGUGCAGACGGUGGGGGAGAAUCGUGACUGACUAGGUGGCAAAUAAAAAGAUCACCCAAUAAAAAACAAAACCAGAAAUAACCACAUAGUCUCACCUUCUGGUGGGGGAGGAGGGAUCGCGAGGAGGGAAGGGGGUAAGGGGUUCUCUGGUUUGGGGUGGGCUGUAGCCACUACCCUAUCUCCUCCAGUCAAUCCCGAGCCUCGCCUUUUCCACCUUAAAGCUUGUUUUUAGUGUGAGCUGCUGCCUGUUGGCAUGCUGGCAGCCUGCAUGAAUGCAGACGAGUUUCAUCAGGGAUGGUCAAGCAAGGGGUGGAGAGAGAGAGAGAGAGGGAGAGAGAGAGAGGGAAGAAGAAGAAGAAGAAGAAGAAGAAGAAGAAGAAAAAGAAGAAGAAAAAGAAGAAGAAGAAGAAGAAGAAGAAGAAGAAGAAGAAGAAGAAGAAGAAGAAGAAGAAGAAGAAGAAGAAGAAGAAGAGGAAUUUGACAUCAAGAGUGGGGGAGUUGGAGAGGGGGUCCGGACCGAGAUCGUGACCCACCCUCUACCUCGACAAUUAAAAAAAAGCACCAAAACACAACAUAGUAAAGGAGGCUAUGGAGCCUAUUGCCGCUGCCAGGGAGGAGAGGUGAGCCCCGUUCUGGAAACACGCACCGAGGAGCGGCUGCUACCAGAAACAGCGCACCCUGCCCCUCUUGGAUUCCUCCCGACAAAGAAGAAAUGCUGACUUUCCCAGCAGGUAAUUAUAUUAUUAGUAUAAAGGCCACAUUUCUUUAAAAUAUUUGAUAAAAUCUUUAAGCAAUAAUGUAUUAAAUCAAGAGUUCAUACUAGGUGGGAUUACUUUGUUAUUUGCCACCGUCAGGGAAACAUUGCUGACCACUAUAGGCUGUAGCUCAGUGUCUGUCUCCCAUCUUUUCUCUUCAAGUUUUCUUUAUAAAUCCCAACACUUGCAUAGAAAAUUAAAUAUGAAUCUUACAUUUUCAUGAACGAUGCCCCAGAACUUUAAAUUAUGUUGAAAUUUUCACUUUAGUUUCAAAGACGGAGAGGUGCACAAUGAAAAAUGUACUUCAGUUGUUCCAAAAGAACAAAAAUAACGACAUACCAAAUGAAUUCUUAAUGCAAGUGGUUUUUCCUAUUAAAUCAGAGAACAAGUACUUCGAGUUCUGUAGAGAAGUAUUUUAGUCACAGAGCUUGACCCAAUCCCAGGUCAAACAUUGGAUGGUUUUAAUCUUAGCCUGUAACGCAAGGUUACACACAGUGGUUAUCUGUGUCCUUCAUCGAGGAGAACAAAAUAAUCAGAUUCUUUUAUGAAAAUUUAUGCUCAAAUGUUAAGAAAAUAACAAAAUCAUAAACAAUAAAAAUAAAUCUGAUGAGCUUUGUAUCCCAACACAUGCACACAUUGAUAGGUAGUUUUAGAUUUAUCCCAUAUUACCUUAAAGGACGACACACACAGAGAGAGAGAGAGAUUAUUUGUAAUGUCCAUGAAUCGUCAUGCGAGAGCUGGGUGCAGAAACCCCUCCAUGGAGCUAACCAGCCCCCCUCUGUUCCAGCCUCAAAGCCUUCACCUCACCAGCUCUGCAUACCCGCAUUCUCCAUCAGGAGAACAGAAUGUUAGGUAAUAUUUAAUCUCCAUAACCCUGGAACCUGAAAUAACACACAUGACAACAAGGAAGACAUUUUACCCUGAGUCCCCAAGAAUAUGGAGAGUUAACGCAGAGGAACCUCCUCCGAGGCUUCCCCACGUCACUCACAAGUCUCCUCAGUUUCCCAGGGGCUUUAUUCACAAAUGGAUGGGGGAGAAGGCGGGACCUUCUCAGGUUACAGAGGUACAGAGGUUUCAGUUGCAAUCAACCUCCUUGCUCAACCUUUCAUGAACAACAACAGUUGGCAAAAACAGAGAUUCAUGCAGUGUCAAUAACACAAAAUUGGCAUCUUUUAGGCCUCAAAAAGGUACAAUUAUAAAAAUACCCAACAAUACAUGUUAUCAAAGCUGUGAGAAAUUAUUAGAUACUAGGAAAUGCUUGUUACCGAGACACCAGCAUUGUUAACCAGACUGGAGUAAAAAUAAACAAAAUUGUGGUUUAGUAUUUAUAACAAAACUAUCUAAAUAGUAAAAACUCUUCUUUUAUAUGUGACAUUUCAUUUACCUUUAUUAUUAGUUUUAGCUUUAGUUGAGCUAUUACUGUAGAAAUAAGUUACAUAAAAUAUUUAAAUGUUUGGUUUUCUAUCAUCCUGAAGGAGAAUCAGCCACUUUUGUGUCAAACAGAUAUAACUACUCAAGACGUUUUAUUUUAGGAAGUAAAAAGGAAACUAAGCUUUUAUUUUACAAGGCAUAACAGGAUUUAUUUAAGCUCAUGUGUUUGUUGCCCCAUCUGGUCUUGAAGGGUUUCACCUGGUGUUGUUAGAUGAAUGUCAAUCUUUCUCUCAGUCUAUGAAAGCAGAGGAAAAGGAGUGAUUGUGAUUCGUGUGUGUGUGUGUGUGUCUGCUCGUCUAUUAAGUUUUAUACCUGUAAACUGAGGACAUUAGUACCAAAGUGAGGACAUUUUGCUGGUCCCCACUUUGGUACAAUGUAACAGAGCUCUGUUAGUUUUAGAGGUACGGUGUGAAUUAAGGUAAGGUUAGGGUUAGGAGUAGACUGGUUAUGGUUAGAGUUAGGGUUAGGUUAGGCACAAUCCAGUCACUUAAAUGAAUGGUAGUCAAUGACUUGUUUUAUUCUUUUUACCUUUUUUUUGGUAUGGAGAAAAUGUUAAAUUCAUUGUCAAAUUCUCAAUCUGUAUGUCUUGGUGUCAUAGUGAUAAUCUAAGGUAAAAGGGGUAGGCGAACACUAUAAGCUUGGAUGCACAGGGCAAAUGGAUUCAAUUGUUGGUUGGACCAAAUAAAUUCAUUCAUUCAUUCAAGUAAGGUCCAGUUCAAAGUAUCACACAUUUGCUUUGUUAUCACUUUUAUGUUAUUUUCUGAGCUGCUCAUUUGUUUCUUGUUGCUCUGCAGUUGUGUGAAUAAAAUUCAUAUAAAACAAGCUUCUUUAAGUUUCUGACAUCAGAAGCAGUCUCUUUGGAUUUCUCAUGAGAUGACAGUAAAACAAGUAAAUUCUGAGAUUAAAGAAUGAAUCAGCAGCAAACGUCUGGUUGUGUUUGAUGAUCGAGUCAAAUAAAAUUCAAAUGGAAUUUAUUGUUUAAAUAUUAAUGAUUUAAGUAUCUGAGAACAAAUAAACUGUUUAAUACAUAAACUUUUACUUUCUGUCCCUUUUCAAGGUGAUUAAAACACACACACACACACACACACACACACACACACCAUUCGCUCAUUUCACAGAAUAAUAGAACAUGUCUCACACACCCAGAAUUAUCAGGAUGUGUACUAACAUUUCAGUGAAAAUAAACUUAAUGUUUUCUAGAUAUUUCCUACUCAUCGUCUGACUUUCAGUUGAUUUAAUUUCAAGAAAAAUCUGUAAUUUCAAACAAGAACAUCACACAAUACAUUUGUAGCAGAGAAAUAAAUGUGCCUUUGUAAUCUAUUUACAUUUACAGAGUUUUUAGUCCUCAGUUCAGAGUGUGAUCAACUUUGAUUAAACGUCUUUGAGAAUAAUGAAUGAAUGAACUAUCUACAGCAUCAUCCAUGCAUUCAUUCACGUUUUACUGUUUCACUAAGUAAGGUCCUUCAAAGUUUCAUACAUUUACUUUCUUGUUAUUUUCUGAACAGCUAAUUUUAUCUUGUUGCUCUGCAGUUGUGUGAAUAAAAUUCAUAUAAAAGAAGCUUCUUUAAAUAUCUUUGGUGUGUUCUUGCUGUGUUGAAAUUCUAAUUCCAUCUUUUAGUUCUUUUUAAAACACAGUAAGGUUUUAUUUACCUGCAGUGUUUCGUUUGCAGGUAAAUAAAACCUUUCGGGGUUUUAAAAAGAACUAAAAGAUGAAGCUUCUUUAAGUUUCUGACAUCAGAAGCAGCCUCUUUGGAUGUCUUAUGAGAUGACAGUAAAACAAGUCUUUUUUUUUUGUUUAAAUGAUAAUUAAGGUAAAAUAAGACAAAUAACACACACUGUUUAUUAAAUACAUUUCAAUCUUUUUCUAAGUGAUUACAUAAAACACACACACACACACACUCAAAAUAACACAGCAGAUCCUUUAACACUAAAAGAGGAAAGAAGUUUCUCAAAAACAAACAUUUUAACUUUUCUGCCUCUUUUUACAUUUGUUUUUAGAAAUAUUUAAACUUUUGUUAUUUUAAAGAACCUUUAACACAUAAAUCCUCUCCUCCUGCUGCCCAUGUUUGGGCUUCCUUUUAAAUAACACAACAUCAGCCAAACCUAUUAGUGAUGUUACACACAACCUUUUAAUGAGAUUACAAAUCACCAUCCCACGUUUGAAUAUCAAACUAAUCAUGUUUCAUUUGACAUUUUAACUCAAUAUCACAGGCACAGGAGACAAUUGUCACAAAUGAUUCUUUUUAAGAUUUUAUUUUAGGUUUUCAAAAUAUAAAACAAGCAAAUUAUUCACAGUGAGAAACUUAAGAAAAAUCAGUUCAAAUUGGAAGAUUCAAACAUUUUAUUUUGUUUGUUUUAAUGUCUUAAAAUGUAAUACUCAGUAUAGUAGAAAAUAGUGACCUUUGUGUGUGUGUGUGUGGGGGGGGGGGGGGGUACUAAUGUCGUUAAACAGGUUAAGUUUAGUUCAGCUAUGUUACAUCAAAGCUCUUUUCUGACAGUCUUAAUAAUCAUGUUUUCUUAAAAAUAAAGGUAUUAUUUUAACCUCAAAUCCUCAAAAUUCCAAUUCAAACACAAUUCAGUCAUACUGUCACAUUCUUCAAAAAUAUGUUUUGUUUUUAUUCGUUUUUCCAUAAAACUAAAAAAAAAAGAAGAGAAAAUUGAUCUGGUGAGUGAACUUAGUGUAAAAUGACCAUUUACCAGAAAUGAAUAAAAGAAAAGACGUUUUCAGCGUUACAUGAAAGCAUUAAGGAAGAGCAGCUCAUAUUACGCUGAGUGUUGGAGCAAACGGGCCCACUUUUAACAGAAAUCCAGUAAUUACGGGAGUCUCUUUUCUAGGAAAGAUGUUUAAAAACGAGCUGUUUUUGCUGUUUGGAGGCAAGUUCACCUGCUGAAAGGUUACAUUUUCUCACCAAAGAAAUAACUUAAAAACAUUAAGAUUCUGUUGAUUUGUGAUUCAUAAGAAGUGUGAGGGAAUGAAAAGCACGUGAAUUUGGUUUAUGUCUACUGUAAAUGUAAACUAAGUGGAAUAAAAGCAAAAAAUGUAUGUCACAUAAUGAUCCUAUUCUUGCUUACUAAAGAUCUCUGGAAGAGGGUUAUUUUUCUUUUCAGCGGCCCUAAUCCUCUUCAGAAUAAAACACCUUCAGGGUGAAUCAGAUGCUUCUGGUCCAACAUCAGAACCAAACAUCAUGAAAGAGGUUCUGGAAAAUGAAUCCACCAUUCUCGAGAACUCUCUCUUCUGCAAGGGUGGACCAACACGAGAACUCUAUAAAAUGCAUGGGUGUAAAAAUAAAGUUGGAAGCAUUGCUACCUCAAAUCAACAAGGUUGCAGGUUCAAAACCCAGCUGUAGCCAUGCUACAUGGGGUUAUAAUAUGUGUGGGUUUUCUCCUGCAGACCACAAUCACGCAUUUCAGGUAACUUGUAUAAAAACAUCUGCAGAUGUUCCAAAAUUCAGACACAUGCAACAAUGGAAGAAAGCACCCGUCCUUGUCCCCACAUCUUUCCCAACAUCGUGAGAUUAUUGCUCAUGGCUGUUUUCUGUGGUAGCAGAUUACAAAACAGCUCUCUGAGAACAGAAAUAUCAGUAAGUCUCUCACCGCUGGUGAACCUCAGAUUUAUUCAGCGUUGCAGUUUUAGAAUAAACCACCUCGCUGUUUAUUGGCCAGAGUGGCUGAUUGAAAAUGGGAUGGGCUCUGAAGUGGCGAGCUACGGUGAAUGCAGCGCGGCUGGUGGAGGUACAGAUGGUAGUCUGGAUGGCUUUAUUUUCAGAUGUUUUCAGACUCAGGGAGCUACAAAUAAAGAGGUGGCCAUUUAAGACGUCCAAUUAUGGGUUCUCAAGCACAGAAAACUGGAUUUUUAUUAACAUGUACCCUUAAAGAGAGAACGCUGAUAAGAGGACGCUUCUCUUCUCUUACAGUUUAUAAUUUUAGAUUAUACCACUAAAAUAGAAUAAGAGUCCAAUUACUUCAACUGGAGCUUUCUUCUCCAUUAUUUCAGGGCUGAUGCGCAAAGACAUGCAGAAUAAAAGUCUCAAGAUGUCACACAGGUGUCAAAAACAAAACAAGAGGAUAAUUAUAAUCUAUUCACAGAUUAGAUUGUUAGAUUAUGCUGCCCCGCCUCACUUGUGUUUGUGUGUUAAAAAGAUGGUCGGCCAGACGUCAAAGACCUGAACGGUGUCAAACCCUGGUGGGCUAACUGGUCAGCCUGCCUCUCACCUGUGUUCCUCGCUGAAGACAGGCUUGUGUUGGUGACAGAACCAGGCAGGGAGACGCUGCAGCCGGACACAAAAUGGCCGACUGAACAGCUGAGAGCUGCAGAGGAGCAGCUCAGCUCCGUUUGUGAGACAAACACAGCUGUAAGACAGCACGUGAUAGCACUAAAUCACAUUUAAAAAAACAACUGACUUAAAUUAAAUAUUGCCUUUGUUGUUUCUUUUACAAAAACAGAUUUUAUACAAUUUAUGAAUCUUUAAUGUCCCAAAACCUAAUUAAAUGUAAAUACCUAGAUCCAUUCUAGCAUAACAUCACACACACACACACACACACACACACACACACACACACACACACACACACACACACACACACACACACACACGCAUGCAUGCAUGCAUGUGUGUUUUACAGUAACUCUGCAGCGGAAUAAGUAUUAAAAGCAUAAAAUAAAAUAGAUCACAUGCUCCUCCUUGUGUGUGUGAUGACAAAAAUACCUCUGUGAUCAUUUUUAUUGUUUGAUUUUUCACAUUUCACAGAUUUUUUCUAACAUUUUGGAGUCAGUGUGAAAAUUUGGUUAAAUGACAUGAAAUAAGAACAUUAAUUCACUAAUAAAAAUGUGUGCGUGUGUGUGCGCACAUGCGUGCACACGUGCGUGCAUGCAGGCAUGUGUGUGUGUGCGUGUGUGUCUGUCUGUCUGUCUGCUGGAGAAGUUAAAUGGCAGACACAAGAUUCACAAUUUAAAAUAAACAUCAUAUGCGAGUUCAGGAAUCACAUGACGAACACACACACACACACACACACACACACACACAGCUGCUAAAAUCCAACAAAUGUUUUGUCAUUUGGUGAGGGGUGUGGGAACGUAUAAAUAUAAAAUCUACACCCUGCUUUAAAAUGCUGAAAAGAACAUGGUUGAAUAAAAACGUUUUAAAUAUAUAUUUUUUUCUUCUAGAUGGAUUUAGUUAACAAAGUUGGGUCGAGAUAAUUCUAAUAUCUCCUCUCAAAGCCCAAUGAACACUUUUCUAGUGUUGUCAUGGUCUGCGUCUGUGUCUUCCCCAUGUGUCUCCUUAUGUCCUCCAUCCUUCUUUAGAUUCCCUUUUGUGUCUCAUAGCACCCUCAUGUGUCCUUUGUCUGCAUCUCUGUUGUGUGUCUUAGGCCCUGUCCACACGUAACCGGGGAUCUGCCAAAACGUAGAUAUUUUUCUACGUUUUGGCCUGUCAUCCACACGAAAACUGAGUUUUUUCACACGAAAAUGAAUCUUUUUAAAAACUCCGGCCAAAGUGAAGAUCUGCGUUUUCUCCGUUUUGGGUGUCUGCGUGUGGACGGACAUAACCGGAGUUUUAAGGUCCGCAACGUCACUUUCUGCGACAGAAAAAUGCUGACAUCACGUGUGCGACCUGUGUUUACACUAGCCGACAGCAUGGAAGCCCUCAGAGCUGCGCUCGCUUUAUCAAUUGUCCAAGCGCUUUCUGCUUGUUUGUUUUUGCAAGCGGAAUUACUGCUCCUUGCGGAAGACCACAGACGAAGGACGAGGUUAAGAACGGGGGAAGUACUGCCGCCUACAGGUCUGGCAUGUCCUUAACAACGUAUUUAUCCGGGUAAGUGUGGACAGAGUUUGUUUUUAAAACAAGGUGGUGUGGAUGCAAGUUUUUGGAGGGGCGGAUAUUCGUUUUUAAAAACCCCCGGCUACGUGUGGACUAGGCCUUAGUUGUAGCCCCAGCCUCUUGUUCCCCAGUUCAUUGUAUGUGUGUAUGAGUUUGUGUGUGUCAGUAAGUGUAUGCGUUUGUGUGAGUUCUUCCCAGAGUCUUUAGGUUUAGUUUUGUGUUUUAAAUAGUGUUAGGUUUAUCUGCCCUCCACUGGUUCUCUUCCCCAUCCAGAUAAUUGUUGUCAACUGCCUUCCCUCCAGCAGCUCACUCCGCACACCUGCUUCCUGUUUCCCUAAUUGCUCCUCCCUGUCUAUAUAAGCCCUCCUUGUCUCAUUGUUCUUGUCGGUCCAUUGUUGUUUGUCAGCAUUAUUUGUUCUGUUCAGUCUGCUCGUUGCUCUGGUGUUUUUUGACUCUCUGGAUUUUUGGCUCCCUGCCAUUUGGAUUUAUUUUUGUUCUUCCUCAUAAUAAACGAUUUUUACUUUACAUAUCCACUCCUGCCUUGUGUCAUCCUGGGUUCUGCAUCUUGGGUCCUAACCUCCUGCUCCUAAACGCGACAGAAUGGACCGACCAACCCAGGACCCAGCAGGAUCUCCAGGUACACAGGAGAUGUUUUUUUUACGAUGGAGAUCCGGAGCUUUGUGUGGAAUUUGUUCGGACCUGUGCCCAUUGUUUGGACUUAAAAUCCUCUGAAUCCAACAAGGUGUCGUUUAUGGUGCUUUGGAUGAGAGGUAAAUCCAUGCAGUGGGUUGCUGAAAUGUUCGAGGUAGAGGAUCUUAAGGCUGUGUCGUUUUGGGACUUUGCUAAGAAGGUUCUACAAGCUUUUGGCCAUGACCCUCCUUCACCAGUCGCUCCUGCCACCACUUCCUCCACAUCUCCUCCUUCAGCUUCUAGACUCCAGUACCUUCCUACUCCGGUCCACUCAAUCAGAACUGGCUUCAUCUCCUUAUCCCCUGAACCCAUUGGUGCCUUCUCAGCACCUCCGUUGGACCAAACCACCACACACUUACCUGAUCCAGACAACGCCGCCUCUUCACCCCGGGUGGGUUGUCAUUCCUCCUCGUUUUCUGUUUCUACCACCUGCACACCUUCGCCUGGACCAGUCAGCGCUGCUGUAUCCUCUCCGGGGGGCUGUCAUUCCUCCUCGGUUCCUGCCAGUGUCUUCUCCAUGCCUCUGAGCCAAAAAACCCCAUGCCGACGACGCCGCAGCCGUCCUGCUUCAGCGGUGGUCCUGGUGGACGCAUCGCCUCCUGCUCCAGCGGUGGUCCUGGUGGACGCAUCGCAUCCUGCUCCAGCGGUGGUCCCGGUGGACGCAUCGCAUCCUGCUCCAGCGGUGGUCCCGGUGGACGCAUCGCCUCCUGCUCCAGCGGUGGUCCCGGUGGACGCAUCUUCUCCUGCUCCAGCGGUGGUCCUGGUGGACGCAUCGCAUCCUGCUCCAGCGGUGGUCCCGGUGGACGCAUCGCCUCCUGCUCCAGCGGUAGUCCCGGUGGACGCAUCGCCUCCUGUCUCGGCGGUGGUCCCGGUGGAUGCAUCGCCUUCUGUCUCGGUGGUGGUCCCGGUGGACGCAUCGCCUCCUGUUCAGCCCUUCCAAGAGGCUCCGGUCCAGCCCUUCCAAGAGGCUCCGGUCCAGCCUUUCCAAGAGGCUCCGGUCCAGCCUUUCCAAGAGACUCCGUCCAGUCCGGCACUUCCAGGCCUGAAGUGGACAUCUCCACGUCCACGUGUCAAGUCUCCACGUCCCCGUGUCAAGUCUCCACGUCCCUGUGUCAAGUCUCCACGUCCCCGUGUCAAGUCUCCACGUCCCCGUGUCAAGUCUCCACGUCCCUGUGUCAAGUCUCCACGUCCCCGUGUCAAGUCUCCACGUCCCCGUGUCAAGUCUCCACGUCCCCCGUGUCAGGUCUCCACGUCCCCCGUGUCAGGUCUCCACGUCCCCCGUGUCAGGUCUCCACGUCCCUGCUCCCACAAGCCUACCCACAAGCCUUCCAGUUCCCACAACCAUUCCCACAUGUGUUCCCACAAGUUUUCCCACAUGUCUUUCCACAAGUGUUCCAGUUCCCUCAAGUGUUGACGUCCCCGUGUCAGGUCUCGACGUCCCCCGACUCAGGUCUCAACGUCCCCGCUCCCACAAGCCUUCCCACAAGCCUUCCAGUUCCCACAAGCGUUCCCACAUGUGUUCCCACAUAUGUUCCCACAUGUGUUCCCACA